UUGAUAGGAGUGCUCUCUGUAGUGAAAGAUUAGAUCAGUUUUGGAGUCUGAAGUGUUCGUCUUAUUUUUCGUUUGUGAAAUUAAUUAACACUGUGUUAUGCUUUUAUUAGUGUUUCUCAAAUGGUGUUGAAGUUCGAAUUUCAUUUCUUGAUUAUUCUUGCUCAAGUUUAACAACCGUGAUGUUAUUGAAAUACACACAGUAUCAAAAAAGAAGCAAAUUCGCUGCGAAUGGGCAGGCACACAGAACAACCGGAACUAUGAAAAUUUUGAAUGGUAAAGGAAAGGGCUACCGAAAAGGUGUAAAAUGCACUCCCAGUAAACGUAUGGGUCUCAAAAUGAUAGCUUCGAAAAGGGAAGAGAUGACUCCAGUUACUAUGGAUCCUUGUGAUAACUCCAACGACUCCGGUCUUGGUUUCGAUCAUAUAGAUUUUCCUGCUGCUCAUUCAACAUUUAGUACGCAAGAGUAUUGUUGGGGUAAUGAGGAAACGAAGAAACGGCGAUAUGACAUUAAAUUGGAGUCCGAUAAUGCCAAUGAUAACUUUACUUUUCCUCAAACAAGGAUAUCAACUCACCAGUCUCAGGAUGUGCCAUUAAGCCUUCGUACCAAAGGUAGCGUUUCUGUAGGAAAAGGAAAAGCUAGCAAAGUAAUGGUUGGUGGAAGUCAAGGAUUCAGCCGUAAUGGAAAGGUUCAAUUGCAAAUCAUUUCUCAACCUGAAAUGCAACACCGUGCCAGAUAUCAAACGGAAGGAAGCAGAGGUGCAGUAAAAGACAGAUCAGGAAAUAGCUUUCCUAUUGUAAAGUUGUGUGGUUACAAUAAACCAGCUACACUGGAAGUGUAUAUAGGUACAGAUCAAGGUCGUGUAGCCCCGCACAUGUUUUAUCAAGCCUGCAGAGUUUCUGGGAAGAAUUCGACCCCCUGCCUCGAGAAGAAGGUUGAUGGGACAGUUCUGAUUGAAAUAGAGCUCGAUCCUGCUAAAGAUAUGACUGUAACGUGCGAUUGUGUAGGUAUCCUUAAGGAAAGGAAUGUCGAUGUUGAACACAGGUUUCCUGAAGAGAGUUCUGGUCGCAGUAAAAAGAAAUCGACACGUUGCCGAAUGGUAUUCAGGACUACUAUCACAAACGAUGAUAACACCGUUGAAACGGUGCAAGUUACCUCUCAACCGAUUAUAUGUACACAACCACCUGGCGUACCAGAAAUCUGCAAGAAAAGUUUAACUGCUUGCCCCGCUAAUGGUGGCCUCGAAUUGUUUAUAUUAGGGAAAAAUUUUCUGAAGGAUACUCGUGUAAGUUUUUCUCUCGGCGAACCAGGAUCUGAUUUGUUUUGGGAAUCUAUAGUUCAACCAGAUAAAGAAUUUCUACAACAGUCUCAUCUGGUUUGCAGUAUCCCUCCAUUUCGGGAUACGAAUAUCAGAGAAGUCAUACCAGUAAGGUUAUCGACUACUUCCGGCGGACGAUGUUCUGAGCCUCAUACUUUUUUCUAUACGCCAGUUAAUGCUUUACCCGAGGAGUCAGCCAUCAACAAUCGAGCUAGUGCUCAAGGUAUGAUUCCAAACCCAGUAUUUCCUGCAGAGAAUGUUCUUGUAGGGGUACAAUGGCAUGUACCUAUGCAGUCAACGACUUCCUUUAUAUCAGAAGAGUCUCCAAAAAGUGAAGAAAAAAAUGAGAGCGAAAUGAUGCCUCCACCUGCUACGGUCCCUCCCGUGCGGCGUAACACAGCUGUCUCUUCUGAAAUAAAACGGGAAUCUGAAUCGCCGCCUUGCCUGGCUUCCGCUCUUCAGCAGUUUAUCACUCCCGAUGUGCCGCUUCCUUCAUUAUCUGUCGAGAACUAUCUCUCUCGGAUAGAGAGUCCGCCAGAGGGGCAAGUAGCCGCUCCGCAAAGCCAGGCUCUUGUAGGAGGAGAGAAAGUCGAUCAGCUUAUCCCGUUGGCAAUGCCUCAGUUAAGCCUCGCACCGCAGCAACCCCUGGCACCGAUCGUCUCAGCUUCUCAGAUGAUGAUGGAUACAAAAUUAACAGGACUCCUGAAUGCUGAUACCGAUCCCAUCAUAACGUCAAACGAUUUGCUAUAUUCUACUCCUGCUCCACAAGUCGUCUCUCCUACGGUAGUGCCUCCCGUUCUGCUUGAAGGAUCUGCUCCUGUUCAAGACUUUGUCCCUCAGCAGAACAACGCAGUUCAACCUCCCGAGUAUAACGUUGCUACGAAUAUCGUCUUGUCUGCUCAUAACAAUACUGCUAUGAUUUAUCCUGAAAAUCUUGCCGUGAAUCCAUCCUCAUCGCUACAACCAGCUUUUCCUACGAUUCUUUCCGAGCCUGUGCCAAUGGCAGUAUACGCUAAUACGGGGAAAAACGCAGAAAAGAUCGUCAAGCCUGAAUUCCAGACUGGUUUACUUCAAAACAUGAACGUAGACAAAAAUCAAAAACCUGCCAUUAUCAAUCCAGUUCAGAAGAAAUGCGAUGAAGGGAUCCCUCUGCCUCAAGAACUUACUCAGAUGUCAGAACACGAUCUUUUGAGCUACAUAAACCCAAGUUGCUUUGAUCAGGGUAAUCCCUCAACUUUCUCACAAUUUUUUAUUUGAACAAGAGCUUAUUUCUCAAGAUAUUAUUAUUUUUUUUUCAUGUAGUGUGAUGAAUUUAAUGUUGUUGUAUGGUUAAUAUUCACGUAUUAACAUUUCAUAUUGUAUAUUUUUUUAUUUUAAUCAAAAGAAUCGCUCAAGAGAUUCAUUGGGAAAAUUAAAAAAAAAAAAAUAUAACUCAACAGGGUAAAAUAAUUAUCACUUCACAUUAUCAUUUAGAUAAUAAGAUAUUUAAGUACAAAAUGUCUAGUCUUUCUGUUUUUAAUUUUUAAUGCCACUCUGUUGUAAUCGUAUUUCAUAACAAAUCAAAGAAAAUUUUCACUAUCGCAAUGCUUUCCCUU